ACAGCCUAAUGGUUUCCGGCUUAACGGUGCAGAUGGAAUAAUUACAAUCAAAUAGGUUUGAAGCAAUUGACUCCGUACUUUACGCCGACGUUAUCGAGCGAUAACGAACGGUCAUCAUCAUACAGUGUGUUUGGAUUCGGACGGACGGAUGUACGUGAUAGAUAGAAAAGAAUACCGACGUUUGGGAUUAGGCAAAGAUUGCGAAGAUGCUGUCCAAUUAAAAAAAUUGCGGUAUUUGGACGAUAGGAAUGUGGUAAAUGUGGCCUGCGGUUUUGGCCACUUUGUUCGCUGUAACCGACGCAGGUGAAUUGUACAGUUGGGGUAUGGGUAUGAAAUGGACAAUUGGAUACCGGUUAGGAGGACGAUUGCGAAUUGCCCAAUUCAAUAAAGAGCAAGGCAUUGUUAAAGCCGUUGAUAAUGAUAACAACAAUCACGGUGACUCCUAG